AUGGCGAAAGAAGUAGGAGAUGUUGAAACCUCAAUCAAUACUGAAGAAACACAUCCACCCCCUACUACCGAAGCGGAGCACGAAAAUGAGAAUGCUAUCUUUGACGCUCCUGAAGGUGGUACUAGAGCAUGGCUUGCUGCAGGAGGUGCUGCUGCCAUCUUCUUCAGUACUUUGGGCUUUUCCAAUUCCUUUGGCACAUUUGAAGAAUACUAUAUUACGCACCAGUUACGCGGCGAAUCUGCCUCCAAGGUCUCCUGGAUCGGUUCCCUAGGAUCAUUCCUUCCGUUCUUUUCUGGUAUGGUUGCAGGGCCGAUGUUUGAUCGAUAUGGUGAAAAGAUCAUCCGUCCGGCAACGAUUGUGUACGUUUUUGCGAUGAUGAUUUUGAGUCUGUCUGUGUCUCAAUACUUUCAUAAAAAGCGUGCCGCAGCCCUAGGGUUGGCCGUCGCGGGUUCUAGCAUUGGUGGAGUCAUCAUACCUAUUGUCUUGUCGAAGCUGCUAAACGGUACCUCUCUCAGCUUUGGAUGGUCAGUUCGUAUAGUUGGCUUUAUCAUAUUACCAUUUAUGGUCUUCGCCUGCGUGACAGUCAGGGCACGCUUGCCGCCACGGGAUUCUCAAUUCUGGAUUACAUCAACCUACAGAAACAUAAAAUUCCUUAUGCUGAUCCUGGGAUUUUUAUUCAUGUUCGUCGGUAUGACUGCCCCUUUGUUCUACCUGCCAACAUACGCGGUCUCUCAGGGUAUGGGCAAAACUCUAUCCGGCUAUUUAAUCGCCAUCAUCAACGCCGCCUCGACAUUCGGACGUAUCCUCAUCGGCGUUCUUGCCGACAAAUACGGCCGAAUCAACAUGUUUGCCAUCGGAGGUGUGGCCAGCGGCGUUGCCAUUUUCUGCAUGAAUAGCGCAAAAAGUAAUGACAGCUUGAUCGUGUACUCUGUCGCCUUUGGAUUCGCUUCUGGUACGAUUAUAUCGGGUGGAUCUGCGGCCUUUUCGGUUUGUCCGCAAGAUCCUCGAGAUAUUGGUACUUAUAUGGGUAUGGGUAUGGCGAUUUCGGGUUUGGGUGCUUUGAUAGGACCUCCAAUAAAUGGGGCCAUUGAGGGUAAGUAUGGAGGGUUUUUUGAAGUGUCUAUGUUCAGUGGUGCUAUGUGUCUGUUGGGUGGGCUGGUUGUAAUUGCUGCCAAAUUGGCUACCAAGCAGGGAUUGUUGGGGAGGACUUAG